CUCUUUGCCAUCUUCGCCUUCGGCUCCUGCGGCUCCUUCAGCGGCGAGACCGGAGCCACAGUGAAAUGUGAAGGUGGAGGGAUGACAGCCAUCAGCAUCCAGUUCGGGUACCCCUUCAGGUUAUACCAGAUUCCCUUUGGGAUGCCCAACUGUGAGGAUGAAUCAGAAGCCCGCACCCUGUACCUCGUGGGCGAUUUCUCCGCUCCCGCCGAGUUUUUCGUGACCCUGGGGGUCUUCUCCUUCCUCUACUCCAUGGCUGCUCUGGUGCUCUACCUCCGCUUCCAUUCCCUGUACACGGAGAACACGAAGCUCCCGUUCACAGAUUUCUGUGUCACCGUCUGCUUUGCCUUCUUCUGGCUGGUGGCAGCAGCAGCGUGGGGCAAGGGGCUGAGCGACGUGAAGGCGGCCACGCGCCCCUCUGCCCUCAUCGCUGCCAUGGCCGUAUGCCAGGCCGAUGGUGUGCUCUGCAACGCUGGCACCACGCCCGCCAUGGGGCUGGCCAACAUCUCGGUGCUCUUCGGGUUCCUCAACUUCCUGCUGUGGGCCGGGAACUGCUGGUUCGUGCUGCGGGAGACGCCGUGGCUGCGGCCGCCCGCGCCCCGCGACAGCGCGGCCGAGCAGGGCGCCAUCGACAAGCAGUGACCGGGGGGACCCAGCUCGGGGGGACCCAACCCGGGGGGACCCUGCCCGGCCCCCGGGACCUCGCGCCGGCCGCCAGCCCGGGGACCGGGUGUCGCUGUCCCCGGGCUUGGAGCUGCAGGGGGACACGGAGUCCCGGGGGUCCCGCUCGGUGUCGGGGGCUCCGUGUGUCACCCCGGGGUCCGUGUCUGUGUGGGGCGCAUAAAGU